CACAUAUAACACCUGUGAAUUCAUUUUGUUGAUACAAAAAAGAACAAAUUACCUUUCGAUAAUAUUUUUUGAAUAUUUUACAUAAAGAAAGAAAACUUGUCAGUUUUGUCUAUUUUAAAGCAAAACGAUACGAUCCCCUUUUAAUAGCAAAACCAUACUCACGAAAGAUAAAAAGGUUUUUAUCACAAUUUUAAAUGAUUAGAAGGUUAUUUUCAACAGUAGUUGAUCCCCAAUUACAAAGUUCCACAACAACAUUAGAUUUAUUCAAUGCAAAGUCAUCAACAUUAAUAUUUCCACCUGGAUUGGAAAGCUUAACAUGGUUACUAUCGUAUUCACCAUGUUUCCCUGUAAAUGGGGAUCAGAUAAAAAUUAUAUCGGAGCCAAAUGUAUUUUAUGAUACUAUAAUUGAAAAAUCUGCUUUAGCAAAACGUAGAAUAGUUUUGGCUAGUUUGUACAUGGGAACUGGACAUUUGGAGAAGGCUUUUGUUCAAACAAUACACCAAAAUUUAAGUAAAAAUCAAAAUCUUAAAGUAAAUGUGUUAUUGGAUUUUACCCGUGGAACUCGCGGCGAACAAAAUUCGAAAUCAAUGCUUUUGCCAUUAAUACAACAGUUUGAUAGAAAUUUUUGCUUGUCUAUGUAUCAUACUCCAGUACUUAGAGGAAUAACCAAAAAACUAGCACCACCAAGAUGGAAUGAACUUUUAGGUUUACAGCAUAUGAAAAUUUAUUUAUUUGAUAACUCAGUUCUAAUAAGUGGAGCAAAUUUAUCUAAUGAUUAUUUUACAAAUAGGCAAGAUCGUUAUAUUUUAAUAGAAGAUAAGCGCUUAGCAGAUUUUUAUGAGAAGCUAGUGAAUAAGGUUCAAGAAUUUAGUUUAUUAGUUCAAAAGAAUUCUGAAGAAACGUUGCAUAGUAAUUGGAAAUGGUUACCUUAUGAAGGACAAAAAUAUGAUUUUGUUAAUGAGGCUAAGAAGAGAGUUUGCGAAUUAAUGGACGAGAUAUUCGUGCAACAACACAACGAAUAUGAAAGUCGACUAGAUGCAGACACAUGGAUUUUUCCUUUGAUCGAAAUGGGUCAGUUAGGAAUUCACCACGAUAGUAUAGUUACCAAAAAACUAUUUUCUUCGUCAGUUCCGGGAUCUUUGUUUAAACUUGCCACUGGCUAUUUCAAUUUAACUGAUGAAUACAUGAAUACUAUUCAAAAUGAUUGUUUUGCACAAUGCAGUAUUUUAAUGGCACAUCCUAACGCCAACGGUUUCCAAGGCGCAAAAGGUCCUGCGGGUGGUAUACCCGCGGCAUAUUCGUUAAUAGCAAAAAAAUUUUACGAAAGUUUACUCAACGCACAACAAGCACAUCGUGUAAAUUUUUUUGAAUAUCAAAAAGAUAGUUGGACUUAUCACGCAAAGGGUUUGUGGUAUUAUCUGCCGAACUCCAAUUAUCCAAAUCUUACUUUAAUUGGGUCUUCAAAUUUUGGAGAAAGAUCAGUCAAUCGUGAUUUAGAAUCACAAGUUUGUGUUGUUACUUUAAAUAAGUCCUUACAAAAGCGUUUACAAUUAGAGGUUGAUAACUUAUAUAAAUUGGGAUCAACAGCUGAAAGCGAAAUAUCUAGUCGUCCAGUUCCAAAAUGGGUUCAAGCAGUAGUGAAGCUGUUCAGAAAUUUCUUUUAAUUCAAAAAUUUCACCUUACGCUUAAUUAAUUAUAGUUAGUUAAAUUUGUUUUUUGAAUAAUUUUUAUAAAAUAUUCGCUAUUGAUGUUUGAUAUUAUUUAAAAGUUUUAAUCUAGAAUUUUUUGAAACUACUCCAUGUUAUAAAAUGGUAAUUAUGUCAAAUAAAAUACAAGACAGUUAGAA